AUGGAAGAAAUUAAAAAAGGAGAUAUAAUUGCUGAAGAAUAUGAAAUAAUCAAUUUAUUAUCACAAGGAUCUUUUGGAAAGGUUUAUUUGGGAAGAUCACUAUCAUAAAAGAUUGAGGUCGCAAUUAAAGUUGAAAAAAAUGAAGUUGCUCAUCUGAAUAGUUUAUAGAAAGAAGUAACUAGUGCUUCUUAUUAAAUACAACUUAGGUUACAAUAUUGAAAUAAUUAGAAGGAAUUGACUAAAUUCCAAGUGUUUAUUGGAAUGGUUACUAUAAAGGAAUGGAUGUUAUAAUUCUAAAUAUGCUGGGGAAAGAUUUAAUCUAUUAUUUUCAUAAAUUUAAGCAUUUCUCUUAUUAGUGUGUAUGCAAUGUAGCCAUCUAAAUGAUUGAAAUUUUGGAGCUCAUCCAUAAGAAGUAAGAAUUAAAUCUAUAUAUUAUAAGAAAUAUCAUUCAUAGAGAUUUGAAACCAGAAAAUAUUUUAGGAUCACCUGAUUCUUCUAAAAUAUACUUGAUUGAUUUUGGAAUUGCCAAAGAUUUGGAGUAAAAUAAAAAAUCUAAGGAUAAACUAUCCUUUAUUGGGACUACCAGAUAUGCUAGUUUGGCUGCUCAUUUGGGAGUUGAAUAGAAUAAAAAAGAUGAUUUAGAAUCAUUGGGUUAUAUUCUUAUUUUCUUCAUUAAUCAAACAUUGCCUUGGACAAAUAUAGAUAAAGAAGAUGUAUUCAGAAUUGAAAAGAUAGGUUAAAUGAAGUAAGAAAUUACUUUAGAAACAUUAUGUAAAGGCUUACCAUCGGCAAUAUUAAAGUACUCCUUUUAAUAUUUAGAUACAUGAAAUAUGUGAAAUAAUUAUAGCAUAAAUAGAAACCUGAUUAUUAAUCAUUGAAAAACUUAUUUGUAAUUGAAAAUCAAAAUCAAAUAGGUAAUUGUUUGAUCUUUGAUUGGAAUAAGAAGGAAUUUUAAGAAUUAAAAUUAAAAUCCUCUAAAUCUUUACGAUCUUUAAACAAUAUUCAAAUUAGUAAAAGUUCAUUUAAUAAUAAAAAUAAAAAACAAUUUCAAUCCAUUUCCAAUAUAAAAAGGGAAAGCUAUGGGAAGAUUUCAAGUAAAAAUAAUUAGAACACAUUUGGUUAAAAGGAAUCCAGCGACGAGCGUUCAAACUCUAUAAAACAAGUUUCGAAUCAAAAAAGCAUUUUUGUGGACUACUCAAUUAGUUAUGAAUAAACUAAAGUUUCAAAAGUUUCUCAAUUUAGAUAGAAAAGCUCAAAAAGCAUUUUUGGUAAGAAACAUCAAAAAAGUCAAUAAUUAAAAGAAUCUUCAAUAAUUCCAAUACAAUCAGAAUAAUAAUUAUACGAAAUGGAAGAAUCAGACUUAGAAAUUAAAUAUAAUUUAUUACAUUAUACUUCAGUGUUCUACAAUUAUAAAAAUCCUAUAUAAGAGUUUAAAGUAAUUUAAUUUAGCUGA